AUGGACUGGAAUAACAUUAUCCAGACAAUAAUCUUCCUUUUUCUUACUGGACCUGGAAUUUCUGGGAAUAUACUAAUGUUUGUGAGACAUGUAUAUACUUCUGCCUUGGGGACCGAGAAAAAGACUGUUGACAUUAUUCUCAUCCACUUGGCAUUUUCUAAUAUGGUCAUUAUUUGUAGCACAGGGAUCAGAGACAUAGCCACAGUGUUUUAUUUCAGAAACUUCCUAGGAGAUAUUGGCUGUAAAGCUGUAGUUUUUCUGGCGAGGAUGGCACGAGGCCUCUCCAUCUGCACCACCUCUCUCCUCAGUAUGGUCCAGGUACUCACCAUCAGUCUCAGGACCACCAUUUGGUCAAAGCUCAGGCCACAGACAGCAAGACAAGUUGUUAUCUACAUCUUCCUCUUUUGGAUCUUUAAUGUCCUCACAGCUUCUAACUUAUUGUACUAUAUUACCGCAGGCAGUGGCAUGAACAGAUCUGUAAUUGCAGAGUAUAUUGGGUAUUGUUAUAUGCUGCCUUCCAGGAGCAUAGUUAAGUGGCUUUUCAUUUCACUCAUGACUGUUCGUGAUCUCAUCUUUCAGAGUCUCAUGGGCUGGAGCAGUGGAUACAUUUCUUUUCACCUCUAUAAACAUCACAAGCGUGUCUUCUACCUUCAUAGCUGCAAGCAUGUAAAUAGUUCCAGUCCAGAGAUCAGAGCUUCUCAGAGUGUCCUCGUUCUCAUGACCUUUUUCCUUUUUUUUUAUUGGGCAGACUUCAUUUUCUCCUUUUACAUAGGUUCCAUGGUGACACAUGAGUCCUUUAUACUAAAUAUUAAAACAUGUCUGGUACUUGGUUAUGCUGUUCUCAGCCCCUUUGUUCUGCUGAGCAGAGAUGUCCCUGCUGCUAAAUCCUUCAGUUCUCACAGAUAA